CUCUCCACAUGGGGGGCAAGAGUGGGCGGGGGUUUCGGGGUCGAGUCUCUUGAACGUUGGGGCCGCGGCGCUCGGCGACUGACCGACCGACCGACCCGACCCGACCCGGACGCAUGCACAGAAUUACAGCCUGUUCUGAGUGUCUCCAGAUGAGUUGCUGCUUCAUUUUACCUAUGAAGGCUGGUUGCUGAUAGAAAGGGACUGUUUGGAAAAUGCUCCCGGGUGUAGGUGUGUUUGGGACAGGUAGCACUGCGCGGGUCUUGGUACCUCUGUUGCGAGCAGAAGGCUUCACUAUCGAGGCACUCUGGGGAAGAACAGAGGAAGAAGCCAAGCAGCUGGCAGAGGAAAUGAACAUUUCCUUCUACACAAGCCGGACUGAUGAUGUUUUGCUCCAUCAGGAUGUGGAUCUUGUCUGCAUCAAUAUACCACCCCCUCUCACACGCCAGAUUGCUGUCAAAGCACUAGGUAUUGGGAAGAAUGUUAUCUGUGAGAAAGCAGCUACUUCAGUCGAUGCCUUUAAAAUGGUGACAGCGGCUCGUUACUAUCCCAAACUCAUGAGCAUUGUGGGUAAUGUGCUGCGUUUCCUGCCUGCAUUUAUCAAGAUGAAGCAGCUGAUUGACGAAGGUUAUAUUGGCAAUGUAAUGAUCUGUGACGUACGUGUAUAUUGGGGCAGCCUCCUCAGCAACAAGUACAACUGGAUCUGUGAUGAACUGAUGGGCGGUGGUGGACUUCACACGAUGGGCACCUAUAUUGUGGACCUCCUGACUCACUUGACCAAUCGUCGGGCCGAGAAGGUCCACGGGCUCCUGCAAACCUUUGUCAAACAGAGCGAUAACAUCAACGGGAUCCGACAUGUCACCAGUGACGAUUUCUGCUUCUUCCAGAUGCUGAUGAAAGGUGGUGUCUGUAGCACAGUUACGCUUAAUUUUAACAUGCCUGGCUCGUUUGUCCACGAGGUCAUGGUUGUGGGAUCAUCCGGACGUCUGGUUGCUCGAGGCGCAGACCUGUACGGGCAGAAGAAUACUUCCUUCCAAGAAGAAUUGCUGCUUGUCGAUACCAUGGCAGUAAGCACCGCUGGGCUGCUGGAGAAAGCUUUCAGCGAGAUCCCCCUCUUGUAUUUGAAAGGAAUCGUUUACAUGGUGCAAGCCUUAAGCAAGUCCUUUCAGGAUCAGGAGGACCGUCGCACGUGGGAUGGCAAUCCCGUCUCCAUGGCUGCCUGUUUUGAAGACGGGCUGUACAUGCAAAGCGUUGUGGAUGCUAUUAAGAGAUCGAGCCGAUCUGGAGAGUGGGAGGUUAUUGCAGUAAUGACGGAAGAACCCGAUUCCAAUCAGAAUCUAUGUGAGGCCUUGCACCGUAACAACCUGUGAUGCAGGAAAUAUCUCACCAAAAACUGAACUUUUUAUUUUUUUGGAAGUUGUUGUCCUUAAAGUACCAAAAAAGUUCAGGUUAAUUUUGCAACUGCAUCAGGGGUUUAUUUAAGGUGUUUGUUCUUACUCUAGAAUUCACUGAUUUUUAGCUUCAGCACAUAGAGCUGAAAAGAUGAGAUCAAGUGGGUCAGAGGACCUUAUUUAUCUGUACCUCUCUGUGAACUAUGUGAAAAUACCCCGUCCAGGCCUCUUGGCAUUCGUUUUGAGAUUUUUAAUAUGAAUUAUGUCUGCUGUUCACACAGCUGUUUUAUUUUCAGCUUGUAGAAUGUCCAAUAGUAGCUGACACCAAGGUGAGAACAAUGGAGGAGGCCUGAAAGUGGUGAGCACUUUGUUCCUAAAAUAACUAUGAAUAAAGCUGGUCUAUUCAGCACUUGCCCUUACCUUAUGCAUUGGUUGUAAGUGGAAAUGCUGUUGAGACUGUAAGUCAAAUUCCUGGUGGCUAGAUUGGCCAUUGAGUGUAAAUCCUGUACUGCUCAGUCAUACACUGUUGCCUUUAUGUAGACUUCAAUUCAUUCAAACACAAAAGAAUCCUAACAUAGGUUGAGCUAAUUUCUCUCAUUCUAUUGAAAUCCAAAUGCUGCAUUAAUUGACUUGUCUGAAAUAUUUAUAUAAACCUAUGUUUAAAUCCACUUGCCUGCAUGCAAGUGAUGACAGCCUUAGGUGAGUUGUGGGUUGUAAUUGUGACUUGGCAGUCUGAUUAUGUAGUAUGUUUGAGAGGGGCUGGCAAUAGCCCAAUUUUUUCCACUUUUAGAAUAGCAGUUGUGUGAAAAUUCUCAUGCAAUGAAAUCUUUACAUUUCCCAGGCUUUCUUUUGAUAGCUUUGAUUAGAGAAGGUGGGCUGUGUAAUCUGUGGUAGCUGUGAUGAUCCACUGAGAUAGAAAAAGGUAGCAAUUUAUGGGUACCAGACUCUUUGUGAUGUCUCCUCGCUCCCUUUCCUUAAUAUAUACCAUGGAUAUCUAUGCAUAUUCAUACAUGCAUAUCCAUAUCAAACCCUACUUUUCUUUUUUUAAAGUUCUGAUGCUCUGUGUGGUCUUGCUCUCAUGGCAUAACUGAAUGUGAUUAUUCACUACAGUCAAUGAUCUAUGAUACUAUGUGAAAUAAUUUGCAAUCAUUGUUUUGAAUGGCAAGCGCUUUGUUUAAGUCCUUUGCAAGUCAACUGUUGACUUGUUUGCUGAAAGUUGUUUUUAUAAACCACAUGAGUUGGUUUUACUUUGACACUUAAUAUGUCUUGAGCAGUCACACUAAUAAGGUGGGGGAAGAAAGAAACACAGUUUUUCUUUUUUGUUUCAUUUCAAUGUUUACUAAAUAGCAGAUCACUUCAAGCAAAACUGCCCAGUAUUUGCUUUAUGUAGUAAAACUCAUGAUGAGGGCAGAACUGCACUGGGGGGAAGGGGGAGAUUAGGCUCUUAGCAAUUCCAGCCUAAGGUAACAUGUUUGUGUGUUAAUUUGCAAGAGGAAUGCUGUGGUUUAUGAUUCAUUAGAAAUUAUAAAGAAGCUAUAUUUUUUUUCUAGUUCCGUUAAGUCAUUCAGUGUCCAUUGUAUUUGAAGUCGCAUUGCAAAAAUGGCUGGGAUGUUUUUGUAUUGUACUCCAUUUGUUUUAUGUUUUAUAAUGUUAGUAAUGUGCUUAAAAACAAGUUAGGGUAUUGUAAUGAUCAUUCAAACAGUUUUAUGGACCCACAGGUCUGUCUUGUUUUUAAUAUAUCAAGUUGCAUAUUUUUCUGUAGUUGUUAAAAAAAGAAAAAAAAAAUUCAAUCUCUUUGUGUAUGUUGACUGGAAGAAUGGAUAUUUAUUACAGUCUUGGGUGAUUUUAUUCAAACUGCUUUAAUUUACAUAAACAGUUUAAGUUGGGAUGUUAGUGUUCAAAUACACAGCUGGAUUAUUUCAUUGAAAGUCACACAAACUGUAUAAAUAAUUGAUCAACAAUAGAUAUUUAUUUUUGGUUAUAAAUUCAGAUCUAUGGGUUAUUUAUAUUGAGGCUCAUUUGUUUUUUUCUUUUGAUGGGAACUGAAGCAUUAAAUCUGAGGUAGAUUUUAUUUUGAGCAUUUCAAACGGGGAAUGUUUAUUUAAAAAUAUUUUUCUGUAAUUGUACUUGUAGUAUUCUGGUAAUAUAUACAGGGUUUGGGGAGAUAGAUUUGUGUCCGUAUUACGUACUUUGUGUUUUACCUGUAUAGAUUUUCUAUACAAAGAAUAAUAAUACUUUGGUAUUCUAAUGGAUAAUGGAGGCACAGGCUAAUUGUGCUUCGGACAUAGACUUUUGAUGUCCUUUUUAAAAAAAAAAACAAAAGGUAGUAUUCAAGCAGUACAAACAAAAUUUGGAACUAAACACUGAAUUAAUACCUAUCAGCAUCUCUAAUGCUGUAUUUUUCUGCAUCUAAGAACCCUAGGCUCCACUGUACUUCAGAAAUAUUAAGUGCUCCAGGUUCUAGCAUGUUGGUUAAAACUCUUGUUGGGAAUGUUUCUGAGCCAGAUUAAUUAUUGCUGUCAGAAAUAAAACCAUUGAUGUAUUUUUAAA